AUGGCAAGCAAACGAAGGAAUUCUGUCAAAUCAAUUCAAAAGCCAAUUAGAGCCAUUUGGACAACAGCUACCCAUGAACUAUUUGUCGGUUUAUGUGUUGAACAGACAUUAAAAGGGAACAAGCCUGGGACACACUUCACCAGAGAAGGACGGAGGAAUAUUGACAUGCUGGUAUACGAAG